UGCAUUUGCUUACCAAAAUGUGGAAGGCGGCACUUUUAACUUUAUGCUUGUUUGUGGCACUGGUAGACAGGGCACAGUGCAAUGAUGGCCAGCCCUCCUUCUAUGGGGUGAAACUGUGUGGAAGAGAAUUCAUACGUGCUGUCAUCUUUACCUGUGGUGGUUCUCGCUGGAGGAGAAGCAUAGGAGAAUCAGCUCUUUUUGAAGAGGAAGCCCUUGACCCAUGGAGCACAAACACCAUCCCUCAACUUACCAGUAAGCAGGAUCCUGCAAAGCCUCGUCCAUGGAACAAUCAAAUGUUGGAGGAAGGGUCCAUGACUGAUGGAUUCAGUCAGUCAGCUCGCUCACCUGUCUCAGAUGUGGUGCUGGGGGCUCUUCGGAGCACAGAUAGGAAAGGAAGGGAUGUAGUUGUUGGACUGUCUAACUCUUGCUGCAAGUGGGGCUGCAGCAAGAGUGAGAUCAGUUCUCUGUGCUGAACCAGGCUACUUCUUGUCCUGUUACUCAUAUUGCUCUGUUCUUUUUUAGUGUGUUUUUCUUUCUAUUUUUUCUUGUAUACAGAUUUUUUUCUUCCAAACUC